GUUAUGGCACGCGCAAACAUUUUGUUUUGCCAGUCUUGCCGGUUUGCCAUCCAUUACAUCUGGACGAUAUAUUUAAUCACAAACCAUCAUGUCUAUGUCAGGCAUCAAGAUCGAUGACGAGAGUCUUCACCUCUAUCAGACCAUGCAAGGCAAAGAGAAAUCUCACAAAUUUGCAACCUUCAAAAUAUCCGACGAUGGAAAGAUGGUGGUAAUUGACCAAACAUUGAAGAGGGUUGAAACAAACACGAGAGAGGAGGAUCACGUAAUUUUUGACCAGAUGCUGGAAAAGCUGUGUGAUAGUGAGCCACGGUACAUCCUCUAUGACCUGAAUUUCCCCCGCAAGGAUGGGCGAGCAUUCCAUUACCUUGUGUACAUAUUUUGGUGUUCUGACAACGCACCAAUCAAGAAGAAAAUGGUAUCAGCUGCAACAAACGAGCUCCUCAAAAGAAAAUUUGGUGUGAAAAAGGAUUUCCAGAUAAAUGAUCGUGCCGACCUAAACUAUGACGAUAUUGCUGAUAAGGCUGAACAGAGCUCGAAGUAGACAUUUAUAGAACCAUAAGGACAGAGUUGUUAUGAAAGCCUGAUUUUUUUCUAGAUUUUUUAUUCCUUUUAUAUCACCCUUGUUGAAAUGUCUUUUAUGGGAUGCAGAAAAGCUGUAAAAAAAGACAGGUUUUUUUUGUAGUUGCUUUAUUAACUUAUUAAUAAAUGAUAAGAUUAUAAAAGAAAAA